CCACUUCUCUCUCUCUCUCUCUACACUGAAGAACACUGAAAACAAAGUCCGAAGAGAGAGAAAAAUGCCACUGAGCUGACGAUCUUCCUUCUCCUCUCACUGCAUGAAGUCGUAGUCUCCACCUGCAUCUACAUACAGAUCUUCGUAUAUAUAUAUAUAUAUACACACACCAAUCAGAUCUAAUUCAGCUCCAGUAUUAAUUAAGGAUAGUAAGAAAGGAAAAUGUUGGGACGGCCGUCGUUUUCGCUGUCCAGAAACGGAAGUUUCAGGGCAGAAAACCUAGGCCAGAAUGCUUUGGCAUUGAUCGGAAACCUCUGUUUCACUAUGUUCGUAGUUGGGGUUUUGGUUUUCACCAUAAUAGCCGCCACUUACCAACCAGAAGACCCAUUGUUCCACCCUUCCUCAAAGAUGACAAAUUUCCUCACAUCGAACUCAAACGCCACCUUCAAAUCCGACACCGGAGUGGUGAAAACCGGAGAGGAUUUCGUCGCCUCCAAUCAAACCGCAUUCGCCACCUUCAUAAACAUAACCGAUGUCGAUGCAGCGGCACUGCCCACCGAAGGGGGCGAGGGGGCCGAAACCACCCUCGAGGAGGGGGCCGUUUGCAAUACCGAGGGGCCCAUCAACUGCCGUGAUCCGGAUGUUUUCCAUCUCUUGAUGAGGUCAGCGAUCGAGAAAUUUAAGGAUAUCCAUUUCUACCGAUUCGGAAAGCCCGUGCAAGGCGAUAACGACAGCUCUUGCCACAUGGCGUGGAGGUUUAGGCCUAAAGAAGGAAAGGCGGCUGCUUUUUACAAAGACUAUCGGAGUUUUACCCUCGAGAAAUCCGAUAAUUGCACGCUUAGUGUAAGUGGGAUCGGUGAGUAUCACUCGGGUGGGAAAGCUAGAAAGAGAAAGGGGAAAGGGAGGGGAAAGAAUAGGGAGAAGGAUAAAGAGGUUUUCGAGAAGGUUCCGACGAAAGUUGAUGAUAACCCUAUUGCCCUACCGGAUGUUGGAGAAACUGUGGAAGAUGCUCUUCCGAUUGUGGAAUCGGAGGGCUCGUUUGGCCGUGGGAAGUAUUUGAUAUACUCGGACGGUGGAGAUAGGUGCAAGAGCAUGCAUCAAUAUCUAUGGAGUUUCACUUGUAUGUUGGGGGAGGCGCAGUAUUUGAACCGAACACUCGUUAUGGAUUUGAGCGUUUGUUUGUCUAAAAUGUACACUUCGUCGGGGCAAGAUGAGGAAGGCAAAGAUUUCAGGUACUACUUCGACUUCGAGCACUUGAUGGACUCGGCAUCGGUUCUUGAUCAGAAGCAGUUUUGGUCCGAUUGGAACAAAUGGCAGAAAAAAAACGGAUUAAAUCUCCACCUCGUCGAGGAUUUUAGGGUCACCCCGAUGAAUCUUGCUAAAGUGGACGACACUUUGAUUGUGAGGAAAUUUGGAGAUGUGGAGCCCGAUAAUUACUGGUACCGAGUUUGUGAAGGGGAGGCAGAAUCGGCUGUGGAAAGGCCUUGGAAUAUGGUGUGGAAAUCGAGAAGGUUGUUGGAUAUUGCUUCGGCUAUUGCAUCGAGAAUGAGUUGGGAUUUCGAUUCCGUUCACAUCGAGAGAGGGGAGAAGGCGAGUAACAAGGAGCUUUGGCCGAAUCUUGAUAAAGACACUUCUCCAGAGGCACUUUUGUCGACUUUGAAGUACAAAAUCGAAGAUGGGAGGAAUGUGUACGUGGCAACGAACGAGCCGGAAAUCUCCUUCUUCGACCCUUUGAAGGAUAAGUACUCGUUACACUUUCUUGAUGAGUAUAAAGAUUUGUGGGAUUCGAACAGUGAUUGGUAUUCCGAGACGACUAAGCUGAACAAUGGAGUCGGGGUUGACUUUGAUGGUUACAUGAGGAUAUCCGUCGACACCGAAGUUUUCUUGAGGGGGAAGAAGCAGAUUGAGACUUUUAAUGAUCUCACAAAGGAUUGCAAAGAUGGGGUCAAUACAUGCACUUCUACCAGUUAGUUUUUUACGUAUAAAGGGCAUUUUCGUAAUCUUCCGUACACGUCGAUGCUAGUUUGAGGUAACCGCCCUAUGUCCCGUUUGUGUUGCUUUUUCAAGAAGUUUAUUUAUUUCUUUCUUUGAUUAUGGUAAGUUUUAUUUAAGAAGCUCUUUGUUUUAGAAAGAAACAGAUAGAUUUGUUUCAUUUGUUUGGUAUCUUUAUAAACUGAACUAAUUUCCAAUUGUGCUGCCAGUUUUUACUUUCGAUGUAUCGGGUCUUGCUUUGCACCAUCCGAAUUUUCAUUAGCAAAGUUUAUAUUUCGUCGCCCUUUAUUUCGUUU